CUCAACAUGAGCUCUGCCUGCUUCUCAGGACUCAGGACAAAGACCCUCUAAAGAACUGGGGAGAGCCCCACCCCUCAGCCAGACCUUAGAAUGGAGGCAGAAGGUUGACGUUAGGAACCUCAAUUUCCCCCAGCACUGGGCUAAGUCUUUUAGUUGCCUCAAAGCUAGAAACCUUCUCCCAGACCCCAGGAGGAGAGGAGCAGGGGAAAAUGGAGAUGCUAAGAGACAAAGCUUGAGACAAGGGUGGCACUACAGCAUGGACGUCUCUCUACUCCUCAAUGUGGAGGGUGUCAAGAAGACCAUUCUGCAUGGGGGAACAGGAGAGCUCCCCAACUUCAUCACUGGCUCCAGAGUGACCUUUCAUUUCCGAACAAUGAAGUGUGAUGACGAACGCACAGUGAUCGAUGACAGCAAGCAGGUGGGCCAGCCCAUGAACAUCAUCAUUGGCAACAUGUUCAAGCUGGAGGUGUGGGAGACACUGCUGACCUCCAUGCGGCUUGGCGAGGUGGCUGAGUUUUGGUGCGACACCAUCCACACAGGGGUCUACCCUAUGUUGUCCCGCAGUCUGCGGCAGGUGGCUGAGGGCAAGGACCCCACGAGCUGGCAUGUGCACACGUGUGGGUUGGCCAACAUGUUUGCAUACCACACGCUGGGCUACGAGGACCUUGAUGAACUGCAGAAAGAGCCACAGCCUCUCAUCUUCCUGAUUGAGCUGUUGCAGGUGGAGGCCCCAAACGAGUACCAGAGGGAGACGUGGAACCUGAAUAAUGAAGAGAGGAUGCAGGCCGUGCCUCUUCUUCAUGGAGAAGGCAACAGGCUCUACAAGCUGGGACGAUAUGAUCAGGCCUCCACCAAGUACCAGGAGGCCAUUGUGUGCCUGAGGAACCUUCAGACCAAGGAGAAGCCCUGGGAGGUGGAGUGGCUGAAGCUGGAGAAGAUGAUCAACACCUUGAUCCUCAACUACUGCCAGUGCCUGCUGAAGAAGGAGGAGUACUAUGAGGUGUUGGAGCAUACCAGCGACAUUCUACGACACCACCCAGGGAUCGUGAAGGCCUACUAUAUGCGCGCACGUGCUCACGCGGAGGUGUGGAACGCUGAGGAGGCCAAGGCAGACCUGGAGAAAGUGCUGGAGUUGGAGCCUUCCAUGCGCAAGGCAGUGCUCAGGGAACUGCGGCUGCUGGAGAGCCGCCUGGCGGACAAGCAGGAGGAGGAGAGGCAGCGCUGCCGGAGCAUGCUGGGCUAGGCUGGGCUGGACUCCACUGAGUUAGAGUGGGUUAGGUUGGGUGGGAGCUGCGGGUUGAAGUCCUGGGCAGAGGACUGGGGCUCUGUACUCACACUGCUCCGCUUGCUGCAGGGCGCCCCAGGGGAGGUAGGUGUCCUUGGCUACUAGGAGACUGCCAGAGACUUCUCUACGUUCCCACAGCCUGUGGGCUGUCCGUGCAGCAAGCAUAGAUUGGGAAUCUCUGGUUCAAUUAACUAGGACUUUGAUGUCACUUUUUAGCACAUAUUCAUAUUAAAUCACAUUAAGACUAAAGUCUUAGUGCUGGAGAUAUAGCUCAGCAGUAGACAACUUGUUUAGCAAACCUGGAGCCCUGGGAGUUGAUCUCUGACAUAAAUAAAUAGAAACACACAUAAAUGUAUUUUGUGAGAUUAAAGUCAUAGAUGCCCAUGGAAAAUCACCCCUACCCCCAAAUUAACAAAGGGCACAGGACAGCUACAAUUCCUUAGCCUAGGCAUAAUAACCAAACUUAUUUUAAAUUAAAUAUAAAAAAAGACUUACUUAAUUUUAUGUGUAUGUGUAUGUGUGCCUGAGUGUAUAUGCCACAUGUGUACAGGUACCCAAGGAGGCCAGGGGAGGGCUUGUGAUUCUAUAAACCUAGAGUUACAGAUAGUUGUGAGCUGCCCCACCUGAACAUUGGAAACCAAACUUAGGUCCUCUGGAAGAGCAGCAAGCGCUCUCAACUGCUGAACCUUCUCUCUGGUCCCAACUUAAAAAUAUUUUUAAUUAGCAUGCACAGUAUUUUGCUUAUGAUGUUUU